UUGGGCUUCCAGGUAAUCACUUCCAGCAUCCAAGCACACACUAUCUACCACUUCAAUCCAACAUCUCACCACUCUCCAACAUCUCAUCAUGGCAUACGCACAAUGGGUCGUCAUCCACAUCAUCAACAGUUUCCGAAGUGGAAACAUCAGCGUCAAGAAUGCGGAAGCCAUGUGGGGUAAAUUCCACAAGAACGGCAACAAAGACGCAGAAAUAGGCGCUGGUGAAAUCAACAAAGUGAGCGUUGGCGCAGGCUCGAGCGAGAAGGUAUCAUCUUGUGGACGCUCUGACUCCGCUUCUGGCACCGAGGGUAAAUUUGACAUCUACGACGGAGACAACAGAGUCUGCACCAUUUACUGGUCCUGCCCUUGGGGUUCCAAGUCGAACAGCUUCCAGGUGCAGAACCGCAACAAGGACUACGGUAUUACUCCUGGUGAUUGGAACCAGGACUCUGGUGCCCUUGGAGAGGUGGACAUCGACAUCUCGAGGAAGGGUUAGAUGGUGCGGAAGUGAAAGCCGUAGUCUUCGGCUGGACGCGGAUCGAAGCACGCU